AUGGCGAUCAGGACGGCAGCGCUCCUCUUCCGCCGCGGGGCCGCCGCCGCCGCAGCUCCAAAGCCGCUACAACAGUACUUCGCUGGUCUGUCCACCGCAGUGGGGCACGUUACUCUAGACGAUGGCGGUCGCAUUGGCGGUGGGGAGGAGAACAAGAAGCGGUGGAUGGAGCUCCCUCCCUUCGCACCGCUCGACGCCAACGCCGCCGCUCGAGCCAUCUCUCGGGGAGAUGGUGGGGAAGGAGCAUGCUCCAACGCCACGGCUAUCAGGUGGGUCCGGCGUUGCUGCCCACACCUGCCGGCGUCGCUUGUGCAGAAGCUGUUCCGCCUCCGCAAGGUGAAGAAGAAUCUUGUGACUGCUGAUACCUCUUCAACAGACAGUAUUGCCCAGCAACUCCGGUUGAGAAGGGUUUCAGCAAAAGAUGAACUUGUGCCUGGUGAUAUUCUCUUUCUACCUGUUAACAUUCAAGAAUCUUCUGUUACUGAGAAGACGAAGAAAUUUGGUAACAAGAAUGAGAUUGAUUUUCUACGCAGCCUUGAGAUCUACAAGGAUAGGGCCAUCAUCGUGCUCAACAAACCACCUGGAAUGCCAGUGCAAGGUGGUGUUGGCAUAAAAAAUAGUAUUGAUAUACUGGCCCCGAUGUUUGAGGACGGUUCUUCUGAAGCACCUCGGCUGGUCCACAGGCUUGAUAGGGAUUGCAGUGGCGUCCUAGUUCUGGGAAGAACUCAACUUAGCACUUCCAUUAUGCAUGCUAUAUUUCGUGAGAAAACUGCUGAUGCUUUAGGUGAUGGUACUCAACAAGUACUGCAAAGAAAAUAUGUUGCACUUGUUAUUGGAAGACCUAGGCAUCCCAAGGGUUUAUUGUCAGCUCCACUUGCAAAGGUUGUAUUACAAGAUGGCAGGUCGGAGCGUCUGACUGUUUGCGCUGGUCCAAAUACCGCUUCUGUUCAAGAUGCUUUGACAGAGUACCGUGUGAUUGAGUCUUGUCCUCAAGGGUACACUUGGUUAGAACUUUUCCCUCGAACUGGGAGGAAGCAUCAGCUCCGAGUCCAUUGUGCGGAGGUUCUGGGAACACCAAUCAUUGGGGAUUACAAGUACGGACGGCAAGCGCACCAGAACUGGAUGCCUCUUCCCAUGCCGCAAACAAUCGACGAGGAAAUGCUCAAGAAAAGGAAGCUUCCCUUUGGGCUUGCUUUGGGCGGUGGAAGCCUAGCUGAGCAGCAGCCACAGCUGCAUCUACACUGCAAGCAUAUGAUCCUUCCUGACAUCUCAGCAGCUAUGCAGCAGCUGCAGUCUUCAGAUCCUGACCAUGAUUUCUCUGAUCUGGAGAAGCUGAGCUUUGUUGCGCCAAUGCCGUUGCACAUGCGUUUGAGCUGGAAGAUUCUGAUGUCCAUAGGCAAGUAA